AUUCAUGUAUGGCACUUGGUACCGUAAAAAAAACUAUUUUUUAUCUCAUUACUGCCCCCCUUACAGUCCCCUCAUAAUUGACAUUUCUGUCAUUUUUGUAUUUUCUAUUUUGGUGUUUUUAUAUCCUGAAAGCUAAUGCACUUAACCUCUUGAAUAAAUAUUUAUUUUAUAUAAAUAUCUAUUUAGAUUUGUUUGAUCUUCAAACAGCUGAAUAACCAUUUAUUUGUUUGAAAUUCAAAGAUUACCACCUAUCAUACUGUUGUACUGAUGUUAUGAAAAACAUGUAUGAUUCUGAUGAUUAUGAUUUUACUCCUUCAAACAGUUCCAAGUUAGCAUCUUUAUUUAACAAUUCAAUAAUUUCGAAUGAUUCUAAUAGUUUAACUUACACUGCUCCAAAACAACCAAAAAGUUCUACUUCUUCAAACAGCACUCCAAAUGUUAAAGAAGAGGGAAGCAAGAGUAAAGUUCAGACAGCAGCAGUGGUAGCUAAAAUAGUUACACUAUGGAAAUUGGAGAAUAAAGAAUAUAAGUGUUUGGGCAAACAUGGUUUGGCAAUAAUAGGAAGUACUGAACUAGAUCUAUAUGAACUUAUUGUAUAUAAAGAAAAAACAGAUGUCCUAAUUCGAACGAAACUUAAUGAAGCUUUUUCAUUUUACAAACAGCAAAACAAUUUUGCCUCUUUCUAUGACUCUAAUUCACAAAACUGGUUGGUAAAAUUUGAUAACAAUGAUAGGAAACAGUUUACUGAUAUAUUGGCCCAAUAUGGUGCUAAGGUUAUUGAAAAAGCAGUAGAAUCUAAUAAAGUGCAGAUACAAAACAAUGAUAUCAAACCAGAUUUGUUACCUAAGCCAGAAGUAUGCAACUUGGUUUCUAAGACAGCAGAAGACCAGCUUUCUGAUAGCUCCGAAUCAGUAAAAAGAGCAAAUAUACUGAAUCGAAUAGCUAAGAUGGGCCAGCAAGUUAUAUCGAAUCCUUUAGGUCACAGUUCUGAGUUAUCUGAAUCAGAACCUGAAGAACCAGAGAGUGAUCAGAAAAUUCCACCGCCUAGAAAACAAAAAAGGGUACCACAUUCUGCUCUUUCACCACUUCAUGUCAAUAAACAAGUUGUGGUUGAACCUCAGUAUAUGCCUCAACAAAAUUAUUACCCUAAUGAUGGUUUGAAUCAUUUCCUCAUUGCUCAAAAUACUGAGCUAAAGAUGCACUUAGCCAACAUAUCUGCUAAGAUAGACAAUUUAAGUAUAGGUUCAAAUCAGAGUAAUUACAAGAAUAGUGAAGAAGAAUCUCUGAAAUCUAAAAUCAGGACAUUAGAGUUGGUAAAUGAAAAUUUAAAGACAGCAUGGGAAAGGAGUGAGAAGAAAUGUGAGUUAUUCCAAAGAACAAGCCAAGACAAUAAAGAUAGUAUUAAAAAAGUUGAGGAACUAGAGGAGAAUGUUAAGAGGCUAUCUUUAGAGCUUGAGAAUGCAAAAAAGCAUGAAUUGACGGUAAUUGAGGAUUUACAAAAUGAAAUCACGACACAGGAAGAUAUCAUCAACAAUCAGAAAGCUAGAAUUCAAGACUUGGAAGAUACUUGUGAGAAAUUUCUGCAAAAACAAACUAACACUGAAGAAUUAGAAGCUACAAUAUCUAGUUUGAAAAAGGAAAUAGAACUACAGACAGAGAAAACAAAUGUUAAUGUCAGUAAAAGCAAUAUGGAUGAGGUCAAACUUGCAAACAUGGUAAAACAGCAUAUGAACAACAUGUUUCAAUCUCUUAUUAAUAAUUUUCAAGAAGAUACAAUGUAUUACAGUUCAGAUAUACAAACAAAAAUAGCUAAGGAAUUGAAAAAGGCAACUUUCAAAAUUAUUGAUGAUUAUAAACAUUUUGUAGAUGAUGAAGGAGAAUAAUUUGCUUGAAGAAACAAUCUCUCUAUAUGGUAGACAGAUAUUCCUGUGAAUUAUAUAAUAUGCAAAAUUAUAUUAUUCUACGAAAAAAAUCUCAUGUACACAAGACAUUUUGUGAAAAGUGUAUAUAUUAUUUGUAUUGAUAACAAAAGAAAAUAAUAUAUUUAUUAAUUUAUA